AUGACCAGGUUACUGGAAAAAAUACAGCGAAGUUUGUCGCAUGAAAUGCGAUCGUACAGUUCACUAAACCCGUUAUUACCAUCAGAAGAUCAUCAGAUACAGUCAUUUUCGAUGACUCUGGAAUUUCAGAAAAAUAAAAAAGUUUAUAGAAUUUUGAAUAAUCAAAAUUCUCUAGCGUUUUCUGUGCAAUCAGAGAAUGGCGUAUCUCUCGAGGAGGGAAAACAAGCGACGUCUUCAUUGUUGCGCGACACCGGUCAAUCGUCACGAAGCCAUCGGCCGCCGAAGGAGGCGACGACGAGCCACGGCAGCAGCUCGAAAGGCUGUCUGCUGCUCACCACACUUGUCGUUUUUCUAUUCGUAACGCUCAGCUUCGCCAUCGCCACUUUUCUCUACUAUCAAACUUUACCCUGCACAUCAGAGAAGUGCGUAAUGACAGCGGCACGCCUUCUGAAACGGGUCGAUCAGUCCGUCGAGCCAUGCGACGACUUCUAUCAAUUCGCGUGUGGCGGAUGGAUCAAUCAGUCGGUGAAUCUCAAAUAUGACUCGUGGAAUACACUCUAUGAAACGCAACGAACGGCUCAUGAUCAGAUUGUGCAGGCCAUGCAUCGGAUAAAUGACGGAUCCUAUACCUUGCCUACAAAUGACGGAGAACGAGCGGCCGCGAAAAUGUAUGAGCAAUGUAUGGAUACCGAUACUCUGGAACAAACCGGACUAACACUUUGGGAGCGAUUUGUCGAUGAGCUCGGCGGAUGGAUGCCAGAGCUCAAAAAUGGAUUUUUGGAACAAGAAGAGAGUUUUGAAAUUGAGCUCGAUGAGGACGAGAAGAAGCGGCGGCGAUUCGAAAUCGAGGAUAUCAUUCUGAGUGCCUUCAAUUAUUCGGUUUUCCCAUUGUUUUGGGCGGGCGUCGAGGUCAAUUAUUUGGAUUCUAAGCAGCAUUUGAUUACGAUCUACGAGCAACUUCCAAUCCUACUAUCUCCUGAAAAAUAUCAUUAUGACAAAGAACUGACUCCAGAGAUGAUUUUCGGAAAGCUGGAGGGUCCACCAGUGACUCGGGCCCUUCAACAAGUCGGCGAGGAGCUCGCAGCGGUUUUGGGAUUCGAUUCGACGGAUGAGAAAGUUCGAAUGAUGAUUGCGAAUAUGAUCUACCUCGAGUACCAGAUUACCAUUGCUGGUUCUACAUUCUACAAGGAGAAAAAAGAGCGCUACACGGUUGUUCAACUGCGGGAACUACAGGAAAUCGCGCCAGCGAUCAACUGGCACUAUUUCCUGUCCCGUCUCGUCGGUGAGAACCUAUCCUUCUCCGAGCCCAUCGCUCUCAAAACGGGUACCCAAUGGAUUCCAAUUCUCUCAUCGAUCGUCCAAAAACUAAAAGAGUCUCGAUCCGGCGUGGCGGUGCUCAAAAACUAUGUGAAAUGGAAGACGAUCAUGUUCCAUUUGGCAUACGCCACACCCAAAUGUAAAGAUGGACUACUGUGGAUGGCGGUGUCGCUAUAUUCCGGUGCUGCGAGUCAACGAAAAGAGUUCUGUGUGCUCAGGCUGUCCGGAAUAUUCCCAUUGUCGUUGCCGUCGAUUUUAAGGAAGAUUGAUGGCAUCGAUCAUACUGAGAAGAACGUGAAAGCGGUUCAAAACAUUGCCGAUCGAAUACAAGAAAAGUACUCAGAGAUGGUGCAAUCAAGUAAUCUAUUUUCGGAUCCGGAAACUCGUAAAAAUGUGGUGGAUAAAGUGGAAAAUAUGACCAAAUUUAUUGGGUAUCCGGACGCAAUGCGAAGUGACUUUGAGAUGAAAAAAGAAGCCGUGCGACUUCAUGAUUCGCUGUUCUGGUGUAUGGUUUUGGGAUCGUCGUCUGUCUAUAAAGAACGCCUUCAACGGCUACGUCUUCCGGUGAAUCCGAGGGAUUGGGUGGAUACGAGACCGGCGAUUUCCGUACCAGCACACAAUUAUGAGCGAAAUUUGAUACAGAUUCCUUUCGAUUCGUUGAGACUACCGUAUUCCGAUGAGCAUCAAAUGGAUUUCGCCAAUUAUGCCGGUAUUGGGACAAUCAUUGGUCACGAGUUCACACAUGCUUUCGAUGGACAAGGCAAACUUCACGGACCAACUGGAAAUCUGGGUGUUUGGUGGAGUCAGGAUUCUCAGAGAAAAUUCAAAACUCGUGAGCAAUGUUUCAUCAAACAGUACGCCGGAUUGAUGGAUUCGCAUGAUGUAACUUUUUUUUUAAUUCAGAAUUUUCUAAAAACUGUGUUUUUUCAGAUGAACGCCGCCAAAGAAGGCCUCUACGAGAAUAUUGCCGAUCAUGUGGGACUGAAAGUGGCUUAUGAGGCUUGGAAACAUUCUGGAACUCUGAAUUCCGCCCGUAUGCCUGGCCUAGAAAAGUACUCGCAAGACCAAUUAUUCUUCUUAGCGUACACCCAAGGAUGGUGUGCUUUAAGAUCAAAAACCUACAAACUACAACCACAUAUGGAGGAGAGAAUACGAAUGCUCGGCUCACUUCAAAACUCUCCAGAAUUUGCCGACGCGUGGCAGUGUCCCACAACAAGUUUCAUGAAUCCCACAGAAAAAUGUACGAUAUGGUGA